CGUGACUGUGGAACAUUCGGCCGUGGCAACUCGCAGUGAGUAGUACAUUAUCCCGAACGAUUGAUGUCAUACAAAGCAGUCUGCUAGUAAAUUAGCAAUUUAUUGAUUUUUUUCUGACAAAUUUGGCGAAAAUUGCAAUCAACUACGGAAUUUAGUAGUAAAACAGCAAACGGUGCUUUUUGAUCGAUCCUCUUCAUUAAACAGCUUACUUCGAUUGAAUCGCGAAAGACAAACGCGAAGUGAUUAUCGUUCAGCAGAAAAAAAAGGUGAUUCAAGUGGUGGUGCAAAUCGUGCAAGAGAAACGCAAAAAUAUAAGAGGAUUUUUUUUCCAAUAAACCUGUUUGUGAUACGUCGAAGGCAAUGAACAACAAGAUGAGACGGAAAGUUUCGUUACGUAUAGACAAAAAUAAGCUCAAAGUAUUCACGUUUUGUGUGCUAUUGUGUGUAUCCAAUUUCUUACCAGCCUUGGAAGCACGAAAAACAACAAACAAUCGCAAAUCUUCGUCUUCGUCGUCGAGCAGCGGGCGCGUAUCGAAGCCCAAUAAGGUGUCACCGUCGACCUACAGCAACCCUGGAAGUUUGAGCUACAAUAAUUAUCAGCAGAAACCCAAACCACAACCAUCAGCUCCGGUCGAUAAUUCGGCGAAUACUCGCCCAAUAGGAUGGAACGUCAAUAAUCAGCAACCGAAACCAGCGGCCGCUGCUCCGCCAUAUCCAGCGAACGCGGCCAAACCACCGUAUCCGGUAAAUGCAGCCAAACCACCAUAUCCGGUGCAGCAAAGCCAUAACGUGCACCAAACUCAUGGAGCGCCACCGCCACCGUACGCGGUGAAUCCCCAGCACGGUCCGCCACCACCAUAUUCGGCCGUAAACAAUCCGAAUCUUAAUUCUCCGUUCAAUCAGCCACCGCCUAUGUACAGUCCUGGAAAUCAAGGUUUCAAACCAGGUCAACCCGGCGGUUUCGGUCAGCAGGGAGGAUUCGGACAUCAAGGUGGCUACGGACAGCAGGGUGGAUUUGGACAGCAGGGCGGAUUCGGACAGCAGGGUGGAUUCGGACAACAAGGCGGAUUCGGACAGCCAGGCGGAUACCAUCCUUCGGGCGGUUUCGGAGGACAUCAGCCUUCGUUCGGAGGAUUUCCCUCUGGUGGAACUGGCUAUCAUGCUCCUCACGGAGGUUUCCAAGGCGGUGGUGUUGCUCCAGCCGUUAAUUAUGCCCCGGCACCAAGCUUCCCGAUAGCUGCGAUACCGGCCGGAGCGUAUAAACCUCAAUCUUCAGGAAUCGGCCUGGGAGGAAUUGCUGCUGGAGUUGGAACUGGUUUACUUGCAGGUGCUGCUGGAGCGGCCAUCUAUAAUGCACUGAAACCGGAAGACCGUGUUAUUUAUCGAGAUCGUGUAACUGUCGUCAAUGCAAACCCAGAAAAUAAUAAUAAUAAUAAUGCAGCACCAGCAGCUGGUGUCCCGGCUCCUCAAGCCCCAGCAGCAGCAGCACCGGCACCUGGAGCAGCUGCACCUGCCGCUGCUGCACCAUCCGGUGAUGCCAUGAAUCCACAGGCAGUUCCUCAUGAUUCUAAAGACGGUGGAGUAUCGGGUGUUCCCAAUACUCCAGUAAUUAUGAACAACAAUUCAACUGGCGAGCAACAGUCUAAUUCUACCGAAACGCCACUUGCACCGUAUAAUGAAACCAAUCCUGCACCAGUUCCUACCGGAAAACAAUACUACCCGCCACCUGGUCAAUAUUAUCCAGCUACGGGACAAUACGUCCCACCAGGCGAAUAUGAUCCAGCAACUGGUGUGUUCACACCAGGACGAUACAUCCCGGACACGAACAUAUUCCAGCAAGGUCAAUACGAUCCGUUGACUCAAAUUUUCACCCCCGGAAACUAUGAUGCAGCCACUGGGCAAUUUGUUCCUGAUCCCAACAACGGACCGGUUAAUUUGGGUACCGCGAUUUCCCAGGAAAUUGUACCAGCGAUCACUAGUCAACCGUUGAACCAGUGGCCUCAGGAAACCAGUGGAGCCAUGUCGUUCAAAUCAUGCUUGCUUUCAACAAUACCAGUGGUACUGGCUACCAUCGCGCGUUUCAUCUAGAACCCCACUUGGUUUGCGAUGCUUGUUUAAUAGAGGGGUACAUCACUGCUAGUCAAAAUUGCAUACUUCGUUUGAUGACUCAACCAAUUGCAUUGAGUGAGAUAAAGCACGAAUUGAAAUGAAUAAAACAUGAAAAAGGAAACUUGAGUAACUAACAACUAACAGGAAGUAUUCAACCACAUGCAAUUCUGCUGAAGCUGCUGAACGAAGAGCUAGUUUACAAGCAGCAACAGCAAGAUGUAUUGCAUGUUUUAAGCUUUUAACUGAACCAACCUUUGGAGAUAUCGCGGCUCAAUGAUCCUGACAGAAACAGUGUAAAGGUUCGUAGCACCAGAUCAUUUGUACUAUAUUGGACGACCACUUGAUAGAGUAGUAAUUAACUUGAUGUCAUCUCUCGGCACAUACUCAGCUAAAACGGAAUUCCCGGCACCUGUGGAAGAAUUUUAUAAACAGCAAUCACUGCAAAACAUCACAAUAAUUAGGUCUAAUUGAUCAUGUAAUCUCGCAAACUAUCUCUCUUUCUUUCAAUGCCAAACUGUCCCACCCUGUCAACUAUUUCACAAUUGUGAAACAACAGCUUACUCCAUUGUUUUUUGGGGACACGUUCGAACUGAAUUACAAUAAACAACUUUAUACCAUAUAUAUGUACUAGUAGGGUCUAAGUAGGCUAUACGAAACUGUUUAUGUGGUAGCUGUAACUUUUCCUUUGGAUAGUUUUACAUGGCAUUCCUGCCGGUUUUGACAGCAGCAGCUCUCUGAGAUCUUAAAUAUAUGCAUUAUUGAAUGUUUCGCAAAGUCGAACGUCUAUGUGAUAGAAAAAGAUAUUAUACUGAACAAGAAUAUGUACCUACAGUGAACAUGUAUUAUAUUUUCCUUUCUCCUAAAUCAUCUCAAAGAAUUUUACUGGAGAAAUUUAUGUUGGACUAUGAAUAUUAUAUUGAUGUGGAACAAACAUAACACUACAACACAGUUGUACAAAGUUAUCACAUUGUUAACAGAACAAAUGUGCUUUCCGAUAGAAUUCACAAUACACUACACAGUCUUGGAACAGAUAAUUACCAUCACAAAUUCUAGUGAAUUAAUAAAUACAGGCAUAAUUUGGACAUGUGCUAUAAAACUAAUUUUGCUUGCUUCGCAAGACUACAGAUUGGAAUUAUGAAGUGAGAAUACUGUUAAAACUAAGGAAGCAAACAUAACAUCACUAUUUUUUGAUUGGAAUGAUUCGAAUAUGUAACACCCGGUUGGUUUUUCGGUAAUAAAGGUUUUUCCCAAAAUUCAAAAAAAA